AACAUCAUUUGCUAUCAAGUGAGUACGAAAAAGCGUAUUUUCAUGCAUGCUUCGCGCAAAAUAUUUUUGAAAUUAUAAGGACAUCGAAAACAAAUAUAGAAAAUGCAUACUACUUAAGUUGCAACUUUUUACCGAGUACGGAUUUCGUGGACGGCCGAGAAAAAGUACGUUCAAAAUCUAAAAUCCUAACGUUCCUGAAAUAUUAGGGGGGUUAUGCCACAAAACAACCAACAUUACCACCCCCUUCAUCCUAAACGGAGACGUAUUUCAGAAUUCCGAUUAAAAUUUCAUGAGAUCAGCCACUGACUGUAGGUUUAACGCAAAUUCGAAACGGUACUCUAGGACAAGUGAGCCGAAAAAAAUAAGCAGUAAUGCUGUCAUUCUCGUGGGGCAAAGUUUUCGUCAACUUUUACUACUUUGGUUUAGAAGCGCAAUGUUCACCGAAACUCGUGAAACGUUGAUCAUCAUUCUUUUCUUCUUUAAACUGAGGUCACGAUACUGAUUAACACAGGACAUCGCAUAAGUAAAAAGGCGUUAAUUGAGUUGUUUUCAUUUUUGUGUAUUUCAAAGGCUUGCAUGAUUUACAUCUUGCUUUCGAAAAAUGUUAUCUCAUACUAGGCACUUGUGGGGAGUAUUUUUGUUGGUGGAGUGUUAUUACUGACAAAGACAAGUGAGACUGGAGUGGCCAUUUCUGGCUUAGUAGCCGUCGUCAUGCGCCGCUGUGCGGCUGCUGGUUGGACUCGAGAAAGAGAGCCCAUAAGGCACAACGGAGCGAGUGAGUUCCGUUAGAACGAUUGGUGAGCGCCCCUCCACCAUGGCAUUUUUAUUCUAAGUCGACUACUUCAUGCAUAUUUUGAAGUAACCCGCGUUUUAUCCUUACUGGGAUUUUCAAGCUACAUGCCAUAUGUGUUAUCUCAUCGGGAAAUAUUUCGAGGAAAGGCAGGGGGCGCGAAUUGCCAUUUUUGGUUUAUUUGCAGUCGUCAGCCUCGGGUCGAUAAAUGGUCGUUUCGAUACCAUUUUUGUUGCUUACUGCGGAGGCUUAACUGUUCAUUUUCUUGUUUUCUCCCUCCUACUAUAUCGAAGUCAUUUUUUGUUAUAAACCGUAUUGUUGACAUUGAUUUAAGAAUUACUAGCCUUUUAGACAAGCCGGGUCUGCUUUAUUUCCAACAGCCCUUUCCACUGCAAUUCACCAGUUAGUUUUCCGGAAGAAUAGUUUAUUCCCUUGUAUUUGCUUUGCACUGUGUAAACCUUCCUACCUUUUGGCAGUUACUCACUUGGCGCUUUUCGAGGAUUCUCUGCCCGAGCGCUCCCCACACGCACUCCUCUAGAGACGGCAAAUCAACGCCUCUCUCGACACUCCACCAACAGUGCACCGGAGUACAUUGCCCUGGACAUUCAAGACCCCCUGCGCACUAGUUCUGAUGCUGUUGGCCAGGACUCUGACUUUGUUAGCGUUGUAUCGGCUGACAAUGUUGUCCCCACGGCCACUGUCCCACACACUGCUCUGAGCUACGGUGACCUUGAUGGAUCCUCCGUCACAACUGUUUCAAUACCUGCCAUUCCCUAUUCUCCCUCCGAGCAGCUCAACCAGACCCUCUCUGCCUACAUCUACUCGCCUGCCAAUGUUUUCCUCACGCCCUCCUACGGCCCCACCCUUAAUCUCGCCGAAACCGCCGACUUUUUGCUUGAUGGCGAUGCCGAAGAGGAGGUGCAAAACGAGCGACACUCUUGUCUGGCGAAUCAAGAUCUCAUUAACUUGCCCCGGGAGUACAGCGAGUCGUAUCUCGAUCAGGCCCUUACCUCUGGUAUUUCCGCCACUGGCCUUUUUCUAGAUGAAGAAGGAGUAGAUGUAGGCUGUGAGGUGGAGGAAGACGAAGAUGAUUGUGAAGAGGAAGAGGAGGAAGAAGAAGAAGCUGUGGUUGACUACGAGGAGGAGGAAGAAGGAGAUGCUGACCUCAGGGGCACACUCAGAGGAGUAGGCAAUGCAGAAGCUUACUCCGAACACACGGCUGCCUUCUCUUUCUGUCCUGGAAAUGAGGCCUCACGUCUGGCUUACCUUCGUCUCGAGGAGGCCGGAGAAGCGAACGAAGAGCCACCGAUAGUGCCGACUCCCUGUCAGUUUGCGAGAGAACAUCUUCUAAGGGGUGACGUCGCGUCAGACAACAACCUGAAUGUUGAAUUACCGCAAACUUCACGUGUAGCCCGCGGCUCCCUGGACGCUGGUACGUCCUCACCGUUGCCAUCACCCUCUUUCGGGGAUGCUCAAAUCAACCCGCCAGAGGUCUCGAUCGGCCCACAUGCCGCCCUCUCAGUCAUGCCUACGGUACCUGGGACGAUGCAUCAGCCACGGCCGGCCCUGCUAUCGGUUCAGGUAAGGUAGAUGAACGUGCGUUGAGUGAUUUCACUAACAUAGUUCACUAUAUUUCGCGUCUCCGUCAGAAACCUAUGUCAGUCUGUAUUACCUGACGAGCAAUGUUUGUCUUGUCCGAAGGCUUUACGUUCUUUGUUCCUGAAAAAUCUACCUGUGUCUGUUUUAGAUAACAGUGUUCUAGAGCCAUCUCUGUCGAGGUGACACUUGCUUCCACCAAACUGCCCACUUCCCAUUUAGGGGAUUUCCAUGAUCCUUCAACCCUCAAACUGAAAACGGUUAAGCAAAACGACUUGUAUGGCUUUGGGCUUGGGAUUAAAAAAAUCGGAAAACAACCCUGGCAAGCAACUACGCGGUAGACAUGGGCGACUGACUUGGAACUACCGCUGUAGUGUGUGCGUGUAUCAUUACUACUUAUCCUGAUUCGGUAGGCUAGUACAAUUGAAUUUUACGUCUGAUAUCCAACGACCAAACGGUUUUCGAUCGGCACACUUGGUGGGUCGUCGCGUCCAACGAUGUCCACCCUGUGCUCCACAGCUAGGUGAGAACAAACAGGUGACUUGCGCGUGAAUUAGUUUAUAGUGGGAGUGGAUUUGCGGAGCAUCUACUGUAAUCUCUCCUCCCCCACCCCCCCCCGUUCUGGGCCCGGUAUCAAGACAGCCAAGACGGAAAGCGAGAGAGGGCGCAGUUGGCUGGCACGGCUUGACCCGCGUCCAGGCAUACUAUCACACCCCCUGGUCCACAACGAAAACAUGAUCAGGAUUUUGACCAACAACGAAAAUUGGUCAGAAAGAGGAGAGGAUUAGGCAAGUCACUGGUCAACCAGGCACGCGGCCUCCAUACCCAGCGGGAGCGCAAACGCACCUACCGGCGGGGGAUCAGGUGCCAGAGAGUUGCCAGCGCACACCAGGCUGUGAGGGCCACGGUUUGCUGAAUCAUGGCAUAGUAGACGCACACAACCCUUAAAGCCCAGGAGAGUGAGACGCAGCCCUGCAUUUAGUCUAGAUCAUCGCUCCUCAAAGGCCGGGUAACUAGUCAGUCCUCGACUGAGAAGCACCACCCACAGAACAUGCACGUACUCCUCACAUGCUUGAGAGUGCCAGAGGUCACGUUAAGAAGGAGCCGUGGCAGCCUGACUCCCGGCUUAUCAGUCCGCCACUCCACACAAACACACAACUGGACUGAGUUGGGACGUCAGUCGGCAACCUUCCAAGCCACGGCGCUUGGUGUAUCAUGACAGUCUCGGGCACGGAUAACAGAUGCAGCAGAGAAGCCACACGGAGAAGGGGCCGAAAAGCACACUCCCCUCUUGCAUGAGAGGUGCCAAUUGUGUCCUUGCGUUGUGUGCUUCUGGGCGAUCUUGUUGUACCUUGCAGAUACUCGUGAGGAGAGACGUGACAGUGUGGUAUGACCGGCGGUGAUCUACCGCAGGUUUUUAUGAAUGCGCAUAUGGCCUAGUAGGCCAAUACGGUGGCUGAAUGGGCGGGGGCAAUGCGGGCAGUUGAGUCGAGUGCGUCUAGUGUAUGUUGGUGCUCCAGGCACUGCUCCUCCAGUUUCUGUGCAAUGGAUUCGCAAGUGACCGAUCAGGCCUGUGUGCGAGGCGAAUGUGCAAUCGCAAUGACCGCGUCCACAUCGUUGGAGGUGGAGGUGUUGAUGGUAGUAGAUGAUGAGGCGCUGGACGUCGUGCCAUCGGUGGGGGAGCGCGAGAAGUCGUAUUGUUGGCGGAGCUGGCCGCUGUGAUCGACGUAGGGGUUGGGACAUGGCGGGUGAUGCCGAUUGUCGGUGGCAGCAGGGCAUCGGCAGUCUGAUCACCGGUGACGGGAGUGGUCUUCGUCGCGGGGCUUGCGGCAGGAGUGAUAUUAGGGGCGUUCAUGGGAGAAGUUGACGUUGCCGGGUUGUCUGUGCAUAGUUUCUGAGGGUGUCUUACGAGUCCGAUUCGCGCGUGCAAUUUGAGUUGGAAGCGUGGACAUGUUGGAAGCGUCCGGCUGUUGGAAUUGAGGAGUCGAGGCACUUGUAACAUUCAUGACUUACGCCAUCCCACAUACCGAUUUUAGUACUUCCAAACACGUCCACUCCCCAUCUGUUUACUUUUUUGUAUAGGGACACACUAUACAGUAGGCUGACAUCUUGUGCUAUACGUCUCAUCGGACACUCAUUCCACCGAACACCCCGUUCUUCGUACUCAUAAUCAUACCAGUGUCCUAUCCGUGCGUUGUGCGGCCGUUCAGUUUAGAACGAUUAGUGUACUUUAGGCAGCAAUAGUCAACAAUUCCUUGGCGGUUACCCACGUUUUAGUGUCAGCAGACCGUUCUUGUUAAUUCAGGCCAUAUCAGUGAAGUAUAAACGCAAGCCUCGUAGGUACCCUUUGUCUGAUGCCGGGUCCUGUUGCCUGUUUGACGACUGCGGCGGCGGUGACCAUUUCGUACAGCCCGUCUUACGUUGCUGCUUCAUGGUCACAUCACGUGAACUAUUACCUGCUCUAUGCAAGUAGCCAACUAUCCGUAAGACGUAGCACACAUACAAGGCAUAUCUUCGUAGAUAUUCGCAAAAAAUUCCAUUGAGGAGAUAUCCGAUGCUGUCAUUGAAUAUGCAUCGAAUGGCGGUCGGACUAUUCAAGCACCCUGCUUUUGGGACUGGCUAGGAAGUUAAAAUGAUCAGUUGCCUGAACAGAGUGUAUCAAAUAGGUCCGUAGCUGUGGACUUAAAGUGCCGACAGCGAUCUUAUUAGUGCAGUUCUUAUGUCUUCAUCAACUUCUUCCCACGCCACUAGUAAACUUAAACAAGGAAGGCACGAAAGCACGACUUGUGCGCUUUCGUGAGCCUUUCCACUACUGAAUUCCGCAAUGUUUCUCGCCCCAUUCAAAUGAUGCCAUUUCCACUUUUCUCAUACCACACACUGUCUGGAUGGUUGCUAAAGGGCAAUUCCGGGUUUAAAUGCUUGAGUCAUAGCAGGCGUUCGCGAUGAUAACCGUUUUCAUCAGUUGUUGUUUGUACCAUACUGGUAAACGAGGUGCUCCGACCGUCAAUGCUGUAGUGUGUCUGGAGCAUACCCCCUCCCCACCCCCAAACGAGCGGUACCGUUGUUUCGCCAGACCAUAAUAGCGCGCACAUUGUCCCAUUGCAUGAAUUAGUCAGGCUGUGCGGGUCUUUACCUAUUGUCAUCAGACACACGUUAGACGCAGGCCUCCCAUCACACUGGGCACUGCACAAGACGGGCCAGUGGCGUAUCGGAGAAGGUGAAGUCGAUCCCGUUGCCCGCUUUCUGACUGCACAAUCAAACGCUUUGGACCUAACGCUACGUGCUGAUAAUUGUAGCUUAAAGGGCUGCCAGGUGACAGGAAAAUUUGGUUCCUCUUUUAGACGAGGUUCAGACUCCAUCGUUCCGUCGUUUGCACCCGUUAUUAGGGUCUUAAGACUCGCUGAGAUGAGCAAAUUAGCCUAGUGGGUGCGUUGUGUUGAAUUCUGUGAAGUUGCGUAGCUUCUGAAGCUCAAGUGUUUUCAGGUGUAGUGGCGUUCAUUCAUGGUUUGACCCGUAGUUUUGGUUGUGUUGCGGUGGGCAAGAAGCAGCUCUACCAGGACGAAUCAGAGUCGAGACGUGAAUUCAAAGUACCGAGUGUUUGGCUGCGAUGGUGGCUGUGUUACACGACGCACGUUGACAUUGUGGCUAUGGUGGCGGGUGUAAAGCUAGCUGGCUGGCUGGCUGGCAGGACCAGUGCGGACCCUGAAAGUGCGUCCUCUGCAGAAACACAUGAAAAGGGUCAGCCGUUGGCAACAUUGUUUCUCGGUACAUUGGUCUUGCGUUCUUGUCAUCGCUCCCUGGCGUCCGCUAUAGAUAGGAUUGACUUCGAAAAUUCCAUUUCUGUUUUUCACAAUAGCUCACCCCCUCUAUCGACUCUCUGCGAGUGUUUUCUUAAAGUCUCCACAUUGACCACAGGGCAUGUGAGUGAAUGUCCUUGUACUGUUGCUCGUGCCCUUCUAAUGACGUCAGCAUAGACGAGUUGCUUCGGAAGGUGCCAAUCAGGCAGUCGCGUGUCGUAGCCACUUACUCGGAGUUUGACUCGGUUUAAAAUGGUUGAUAUGCUGACUACGCAAGUCAAUUUCAGGAUCGAGAGGAGGUGACGUUGAAGUAGAGGGUCAAGAUUUCUCUGCUUAAGUCAGUACCUGGACAAUCCACCUGAGACCGUAUGUGGAACGGUGCGGAGUCCAUUCUUGGUUUACAUGCAUUAGAAGAAGCCUUUUGUCUAAAAAGUUCCGUUCUCGAUGACACAAAAGGCUUAUUGACUGUAAAGUGUCUAUAUGGAUGCUAAUUCUCUCAUUUUACCGUUUUCCGUGUCCUUCAGAACCCUCUUUUGCACUCAAUCUCAAUCAGUAACCUCGCCGGCAGCGGGCCCUGGACUCAACCCUCUCGUCGACCCUCCAACAGCCACCCAGUAGCCACCAGUACCGCUGAGGAUACACUGGAAAAGCGAUCGGUCACCGUAGGAGCCCGAUACUCUCCAUCCCCGCCCCAAACCUUUUCCCCUGUCCCACCCUCUGAAGUCGUAAACACCGCUGAUGCGGACGCCGACAGUGUUGCCAGCGCUCCUGACGCCUGUCCCCGCUGUGACCCUCGGACAUCUGAGGAUGAGUCAGUGACUGUUGACGGUUGCAGUGGCCUGUGUGACCCCCGCCUUCGCCUCCUGCCGAUGACUUCGCCUCAGCCCUCAGUUGACGUAACGCAUCCGGACGCCCGUUCCGACGGUGAGGGUGAGGAGGGCGACGAUCCGAGCAGUGGUACCAGCGCUGUUUUCCCACCGCUCGAUGGCCAGGCCGAGGGGCCGCUCCCCCAGCAUAACCACCAACAGUUGCAGUCGCUUCGUGACCCGGUCCGUGGGGCGACAGGCUCGAACCCCGAGUGCGAGGCAGCACCCAUGAGAGAGCGGGAAGUGGAAAACGAACUCGAGAAUCAGGCUCAGUUAGUAGAACCGCACCUAUAA